UGCACACGGUCGACAUAAUUUGCCAGUCAGUUCUAAUCGAUCGCUGCCCGGGAGAAGUUGAAUCUUAGAAAAUGUCCCGUCUGCAAGUGCUGCUUGUCGGUGUGCUACUACCCAUCGCGACACUCGCCGCCCCAACCGUGCACCUGCAGGACUACUACACCGAGGCAGCUACCACGCCGGGAUACGACACGGUUCCAUCCGGCACGCAGACACCACCGCUCCAGCAGCCCCGAGCGCACGUGGUCGAACCGACCUGGAUCACGGUGACGAUGCCACCGGUGAGCUACAACCCUGCCGGGACCGAUCCGAAGCCUCACGUGAUGGAACCGUACGUUCGAUACGUUCCCGUCGCACCGCUGCAGCAGCCGCCGAUGGUGGGCCAGUGGCCGGUGCCCUAUCCCAGCAUGCCGGUCCUGCCGUACCCGUACCACGGCAAUCAGUGGUGCAACCAGCCGAUGGGCUCGUACCGUCCGUGAGAGAGCUCGAGGUGGAGGAAAACCGAAUCCGCGUGUUUACCUUUUCCGCGGGCUACCAACCAAAAAAACCGGACUACGAACCGCUUCCAUCCUUCCGGCCUAUCGAUUACAUCGCUUCUGGUUAAUUUAUUCUGCCCACUGGAAUCAUUUGUUACUCGUGUCGUGGUGUUUUUUUUUGUUGUUGUUGCUGUUUUGGUUUCCCUUCCUGCCCAGUGAUUCUUUAUGUGGCAUUCACACGUUGGAUCCGUUCGGGCUUAUUUUGUGUGUGUAUCUGUGUGUGAGAUAUCAUAUUUUCUUCUUGUAGUCACCCAAACCACCUCCAACACCAGCUACAUCGUGGCGUGUUCGGUUGGCAGUGUCAAAUAAUUUCAUCAAUGCUAUAUUUUUGUGUCCCACCCCGCAAGCAGCGUUUGGUUUCUCCAAUUCCAAUCCCUUGCUGCAACUGGUGCUUUAAUGAUCAUGAAGCCAUCGCACACGGCAGGGACACUCCUGGCUGAUCAAGCCAUUUGUCUGGAUUGGGUUUCGGCCCUAAGGAGUGGAGGAAGAAGAAAAAAAAACACCCAUUCUCCAUGGAGGAACUCUUUCAACGCAAUAUUGUAGCGUUUGCUGAUAAGUUUUGACAGCUUAAUAUGAUACGGGGCUAAACGAUGGGGGCAAAAGAAACACAUUUUGUUUUAUGGGUUAUCAAAACAUAAGCUGGCAUAAGGAGGAAGAAUUGCGCAUUCACUUGUUGGUCUGUACAGCGCGAGGUAAAUUAUGCUUUAUUAUUGAGUGUUUAAAUAAUGUUAAAUAUGUAUUAUUAAUAAACUGGAACACUA